AUGGCAUUCUACUUGGGAAACGGAUCCAGCUAUGUACAAACGGGGGACCGUAUACGGGUGUCACGUUUUCUCGACGGUGACGAAAGCGGCAUCGAUAGCGGUUUACGAAGACAAGACGUAUCUAGCAAACUCCUCGGAUCUCGGGACUGGCUUAAGACUCUCGAUGCCACUACGGAGCAGGAGGGAUUUGAAAACGUCCGCAAAAUCAUCUACCAAGACUCUGCUUAUUUGGGCACCUUCUAG